AUGAGCAACCGCAAGGCACAGGUGCACCACGAGGCGCACGAGGACGGCAUCCACCGCAUCGUCCUCGACCGCCCCGACGCGCGCAACGCCAUUUCGAGCCAGCGGCCCGCCGGCCACAGCCCGCUGCGCUGCCUCGUCAUUGCCAGCAGCAGCGCCUGCUUCUGCGCCGGCGCCGACCUCGUCGAGCGCAAGACGAUGAGCGAGGCCGAGGUCGUCGCCUUCCUCGCCGAGCUGCGCCGCGUGUUCGACCGCGUCGCCGCCUUUCCCGUGCCCACCAUUGCCGCCAUCGACGGUCCGGCGCUCGGCGGCGGCCUCGAGCUGGCGCUGGCGUGCGACUUUCGCGUUGCCGACUCGCGUGUGCAGAAGCUCGGCUUUCCCGAGGUGCAGCUGGGCAUCAUUCCCGGCGCCGGCGGCACGCAGCGUGCGCCGCGCCUCCUCGGCCCGACCAAGGCCAAGGAGCUCAUCUACACGGGCCGCCUCAUCGACGCCAAGCUGGCGCUCGACUGGGGCCUGCUCGACUACGUCUCCGAGAAGGACCAGACAGGCACGGAGCGGGCACUCGAGCUGGCCAAGGGCAUGGCGCGCAGCGCACCCCUGGCACUGGCAUCCGCCAAGGCCGCCAUCAAUCGCGGGCAGGACCUCGAGCUGGCGCCGGCGCUGCAGUGGGAGCAGGCCUGCUACGAAGAGCUGCUGCCGACGGAGGACCGGCGAGAGGCGCUGAGCGCCUUUGCCGACAAGAGGGUCCCUGUGUUCCAUGGCCGCUAG